AUGACAUCAUACGAGAGGAAUCUAUCCUCGAGAACAGAAAGUUCGCUAUGUCUGAUAGACAUCUUAGCCUUUUUCUGCAUAUUUUUCUAUAACACUAAGCACUAUAAUGAAUAUGCAGUAACAUUUCCGUUAGGCGAUUGGCCCCCUGAGGGGGCCCCCUAUCGAUCGCGGAGCUCUAGGCACUUGCCCAAAGUGCCCACUGGGAAAGACGGGUCUGAGUGGGAUCCACUGGAUGCGCAGGAGCGUUCCAUGUUGGGUUCGGGCUAUGGGUCAAAUCUGUUGACACCGUUAGGGGUAGCCGUGUUCGGGCCAGCCCCUAUACUCGCGGGGAUUGCAGUCUCUGGUAUGGCACAAGCCACGACAAGUAUGAAUAGUGCAGUUCUAGGCCCGCGACCACCACGCACUAUGGGUCCACCAGCCUCAAAUCCGAAUAGGGAAAAACUAGAACUUUAUAGUAUACGUAGUGGUUUGGGAUCCAUUCACGUCCAAUAUAAACUGGCGCUCUCUAAGAACUGGGUAACUAUUAGGUGA